AUGACAAUAGGGGGAAUGGAGAACGUGGAGGUCUUCACUUCUGAGGGCAAAGGCAGGGGUCUGAAGGCCACUAAGGAGUUCUGGGCUGCUGACGUCAUCUUUGCCGAGCGGGCUUAUUCCGCAGUGGUCUUUGACAGCCUUGUGAAUGUUGUGUGCCAUACCUGUUUCAAGAGGCAGGAGAAGCUCCAUCGCUGCGGGCAGUGCAAGUUUGCCCAUUACUGUGACCGCACCUGCCAGAAGGAUGCUUGGCUGAACCACAAGAACGAGUGUUCGGCCAUCAAGAGAUACGGGAAGGUGCCCAAUGAGAACGUCAGGCUGGCGGCGCGCGUCACGUGGCGGGUGGAGAGAGAGGGCAGCGGGCUCACGGAGGGCUGCCUGGUCUCCGUGGACGACCUACAGAGCCACGUGGAGCACUUCGGGGAGGAGGAGAAGAAGGAGCUGCGGGGGGACGUGGACGCUUUCCUGCAGUACUGGCCGCCCCAGAGCCAGCAGUUCAGCAUGCAGUACAUCUCGCGGAUCUUCGGCGUGAUUAACUGCAAUGGUUUCACGCUCAGUGACCAGAGAGGCCUGCAGGCAGUGGGCGUGGGCAUCUUCCCCAACCUGGGCCUGGUGAACCAUGACUGUUGGCCCAACUGCACGGUCAUAUUUAACAACGGCAAAAUUGAACUCCGGGCCCUGGGCAAGAUCUCAGAAGGAGAGGAGUUGACCGUGUCCUAUAUCGACUUCCUUAACGUCAGCGAAGAACGCAAGAAGCAGCUGAAGAAGCAGUACUACUUUGACUGCACGUGUGAGCACUGCCAGAAAGGGCUGAAGGACGACCUCUUCCUGGGUGUGAAAGACGACCCGAAGCCCUCUCAGGAGGCGGUGAAGGAGAUGAUACAAUUCUCCAAGGAUACGCUGGAAAAAAUUGACAAGGCUCGCUCUGAGGGUUUGUACCACAAGGUUGUGAAAUUAUGCCGGGAGUGCCUACAGAAGCAGGAGCCAGUGUUUGCUGACACCAACAUCUACACGCUGCGGAUGCUGAGCACCGUUUCCGAGGUCCUCUCCUACCUGCAGGCCUUUGAGGAGGCCUCACACUACGCCAGGAGGAUGGUGGAUGGCUAUAUGAAGCUAUAUCACCCCAACAAUGCCCAGCUGGGCAUGGCCAUCAUGCGGACAGGGCUGACCAACUGGCAUGCUGGCAACAUUGAGGUGGGACACAGCAUGAUCUGCAAAGCCUACGCCAUUCUCCUGGUGACACACGGACCCUCCCACCCCAUCACCAAGGACUUAGAGGCCAUGCGGAUGCAGACGGAGAUGGAGCUGCGCAUGUUCCAACAGAACGAGUUCAUGUACCACAAGAUGCGCAAGGCCGCCCUGAACAACCAGCCCAUGCAGGUCAUGGCUGAACCCAGCAAGGAGCCAGCGCCGGCUCUGUUCCACAAGAAGCAAUGAGGACCUGCCUGGUGGGAGAGGGGCGCCGUGGCUGGGGAACUGGGGAGACAUUCUGGAGGUGGUGGGUUUCUGGGGAGACCCUUGAUGAGGAAAUCAGCAUAACGCCUAGCCUUGUUGCUGCGGGAAUGUCCUACUCUUUUUUUCCCAGUGUCAUUUCGGUUCAUUUCAACUCAGUUCAAUUCAAUUUAACUCUAUCCCAGACCAGUCCAACUCAUCCUACAACUAUUUAUUGGGAUAAAUAUUUAUAGGGAUAAAGAAGCUCCAAAUGUAGCUGGAGAGGCAAAAUGUAAACAAUUAAAGCACAGUGUGAUAAUAAAUGCAAUGGUAAACUCUAUGGAGAGAGGGGGUACGGUGGAGGGCAUGUGUUUGGUGUGUGUGUGUAGUGGUGAGGGUGUCAUGGAGGAGAUGACAUCUGAACUAAGGGUGGCAGGUACCUGGAGUCUCAGGUGGCGGCUCACCUAUCUGUGCAGGUGUCUCUGGAAUAUUCAGGAUUUGCUGACUGGGAUGGGUGAUGUUCAGUUUCCUUAGGUGACUGUGGAGUUAUGAAGAAGAGGCUGUCUUUGGGCCUUUUAGGUCCUACUCAGAGAACUGAAACUUCUUCAGAAGGGCACGUACGCAGAACGAGGGCUUUGCCCAAACCACCUGAGGCCUCAGUUUAAAGUCUGGGUUCCCAGCAUUAUUCUGAAAUUACUUCUAGAACACAGAGAGGGAGUGUUUCCUUUCCACACCCUCCCUGCCAAGCCUUGUGAUUCCCGUGACAUGGGCCUACUUGGAUAAUAGCUGAGAUUUUUCUGGCCAUUGGCCUCCUAGGAUUGAAGAAGUCUCUUCAGGAUGAAGUUGAGGGAGAAACUUGGAAACCCACAUACCUGAUGAUCAUGGGUCCAGCGGAAUUGGCCUUUGGGUCUUUUAUUUUGUCACGUGUGCCUGGGUGGUCUUUACCAGCUUAGACUUCAUCACUGGCCCCCAGUAAAUCUCUAUUUUUUAGUAACGAAUAAUUAUGACUUCCCUUGCUUGAUUUCUUUCAUUGUCCAUUCCCUGGGUCCUCUGCUUUUCUUACCAGAAGGAAUGUCUAGUCUGGACUCUGCACACCUAGGUGAGGACCUCUUUGGGAGUGUGACCAACUUGCCCUCAUCUCCUGGGAGGCUGCUCUGGUUUCCACCCAAGAGUGUGGGUCUUGGGAAUCAACCAAUCUAGUUGUCCCAUUGUCCUGUUAUCUUCUGGGAUCCCAAACUUCUCACGAAUGUUUUGGGGGAUCCUGGACAAAAGCCCCCCAUUUGAGAGUGUCACCAAGUCUUCUAAACUCUCUGGGGCCACCCUUGACCCCAGAGCUCUCGCUAACAUCUUGAGGUCAGGUGAUCCCAUCAGGCCCCAUAUUUGUCAUCUGUGCCUAAAGUGUCAGUUCCUCCAUCCCCACCCUUUCGUCCUCAGAAUGAUCCACUGCUUCCCUUGUAACCUGACCAACAGCUCUGUCAAUGUGCCAAAAACUUUGUCCAAAAACUCUGCAAAGGUGCCACCUCUUUGCAGAAUACUGGUACCUGGCACUUGGCUCUUCAUUGAGGACACCUGCUUCUUCAGAACUUUCACAGGGAGACUGACAGUUCUUCCAAGCUCAUGUAAGGAUGGCACCAGCCCUCUGCCGGGGACCUAACUGUGCCAGUUCAAAUGGUCCCUCUUCUAUCCUCAUAUGAAACCUUCCCCCAAACCUCUUCCCUUAUUUGUCACUGUCACCUGCCACACCGCUGGUCAUUCCCCCACAUUCAUGGUCUUCUUUUCCAUCCCCUCUUCCUCAAAUUUGGUGUCUUCGAAGUCCACUUUCACAAACCAUCUAAACCACUUGUU